CUUGGCUUCCUAUUCUCUUGCGGCAUCGUUUCAUCUUCCUCGAUGCUCUUCGCCGGAGCUCUUGCGCCGCCCUUGCUCCGCCUCCCUCGCGUGCCUCUCCCUGGAGGCCGCUCCGUCGUCCUCGCCACCAAACUCCCGACGGCCGAUGGUCCGUCGGAGAACCCUUCCGCCGCCCGAUCCAACCGCGUUUCCGCGAGCAGGAACCCUCCUCCUCGCCCUCCGGAUCCCGCGAGCGGAUCUCCCACCGGAGGAGCUUUAAGGGGAUCCGACGUUCUGCUGGCGCUUCAAAGAGCCGUCGCCGAGAAGGAGGCGCGGAGGCUGAGCGAGAAGAGGAGGAGGAGGGGGAAGAGGAGAACGCCGACGACGCACGGCGGCGGAGGAGAUGGAGGAGAAAAGGGCUUCGACUCAUUCGAGCAAGUCCGGCCGAUCGAGAUCAGGAGCGAUUGGGAGACACGGAUCGAGGAGCUGGAAAAGCGAAUUCAAGAACUGCGAUCGCAGUACCAAUAGUUCUAAUCCACACAUCUCUUCUCCUUCCUCCUCCUCCUUUCAUAAUGCUCCAUUUUUUUUUUGGGCCAUAAAAAGAACAAAUUUUCUUCA